CCGAAUAAUCGGUUUAGGUACAUCUCUACAACGAAGUAAAAAAAACAAAGAACUAUUUUCUACCUGAAUCUAUAUAAAAUUGCUAUAGUAAAAUCAUACUGCUUCCGAAAUAAAUUUAAGAAGUUAAAACUAUCGAACACAUUUCAAGCUGUCUGUAAUACUUUAAUAUAACUUCGGUCAUUAUUCUUGAACUAUAAAAGCCGUGCAUUUGCACUAUUUUUGUUUGGAGACAUUGGGCGAAGAAAAUUAAUUUCGUAGUGAUUUUAUAGUAAGCCACAAGAAUUGCAAGGUCAAAUCAAUUGUAAGAAAUCGAUUUCAGAACCAAGGAAAUAUGUCAGCGACAACGAAGCCUCGAAAGCAGCCAACUGCUAUAGCGCGUAUGAAGCAAGACUACAUGCGGUUAAAACGGGACCCCUUGCCAUAUAUAUCAGCUGAACCAUUGCCAAAUAAUAUACUCGAAUGGCAUUACGUGGUGAAAGGGCCGGCUAAUACACCUUAUCACGGCGGAUAUUAUCACGGAACUUUGCUAUUCCCGCGCGAAUUCCCAUUUAAACCGCCAUCAAUUUAUAUGCUAACACCAAAUGGACGUUUUAAGACAAAUACGAGACUUUGUCUAAGCAUAUCUGAUUUCCAUCCAGACACUUGGAAUCCAACAUGGUGUGUUGGCACUAUACUCACAGGAUUAUUAAGUUUUAUGUUGGAGACAACACCGACACUUGGGUCAAUCGAAUCAACACAAUAUGAAAAAAAGCAAUAUGCUAAAAGAUCGCUUGCGUUCAAUUUAAAAAACCAAAACUUUCGUGAAUUGUUUCCAGAAAUAUGUGAAGAAAUCAAUAAAAGUUUAGAAGAAGAGCAGCAACCUCUGGUUAAGGAUGUAGAAACCCUGACAAAUGGAGUAGGCGGAAAAGAUAGUAGCAAUAGUGAAAUAGUCAAUGGUGAUAUUAGUGUGCGAGAUGGUAAUACCGAAAAUAUACAAAACCGAGGAAGUGGUGCAAACAGUACUGCUAAUUCUUUAAUUAAUUGGCAAGCGAUAUAUUCAAACAUAAUAAUUUUAAUAUGUUUUGCAAUAUUUGCAUUAGUGGUAAAUUAUGUGAUCAAGAAUAUUAAUCAAGAAUAGAAAUGUUAAAAAGAGAACUUUUCAUUCACUAAAAAAUUCUUGUAAUACCCACUGAUACAUACAUAUAUACAUAGAUAAUUUCUCACACUGUAUUUCAUUCCUCUACAAAACAUUAAAAAAUAUAUACAUACACAUAUACAACAAAAAAAUACAUAGUAUAUUCACAAACACGUAUGUAUCUAUAACUGAUAUAAGAUUGUAUUAUAAAAAAAAAGAAAAAAUGCAGCGCUAGUGUAUAAAUUAAGCAACACAUUUUUAUUUGUAAAUAUUAGCCUUAUGUAAAGUUGAUUUCACUCAAAUAUCAAUAAUACUAAACGUACGUAUAUGGGUUCUCCGUAGCCCUGAGAAAUAAAAUCAAAUAAAGUCGGUAAAUUAUUUAA